CUUUCACACUAUAAAUUUACCACCAUACCAAAAUUUAGAACCAUCAAAAACCCAAAUUUGGCAUGGCAGGAAUCACCACCCCCUUGACCUUCACAGUCCGGAGACGUGCACCGGAGCUCAUAGUUCCAGCAAAACCCACACCUCGAGAACUAAAGCCUCUCUCCGACAUCGAUGAUCAGGAAGGACUGCGGUUGCAGAGUCAGGAGGUACUAGUUUAUCGCGGGGAUCCGAAAAUGAGAAAUAAGAAUCCUGCCAGUGUGAUAAGAGAGGCUCUGGCUAAGCUUCUGGUGUUCUACUAUCCAUUCGCUGGACGGCUAAAGGAAGGGCCGGCAGGGAAGCUGAUGGUGGACUGCUCCGGCGAGGGUGUGUUGUUUAUUGAGGCUGAGGCGGAUGUUAUGCUGGAUCAAUUCGGAGAUGCACUUCGGCCACCAUUCCCUUGUAUGGAAGAGCUCCUUUAUAAUGUUCCGGGCUCUGAUGGCAUCCUUGAUUCACCAUUGCUACUGAUUCAGGUGAUACGACUACGAUGUGGGGGUUUCAUCUUUGCCAUACGACUCAACCACAUCAUGAGUGACGCAACAGGACUCGUACAAUUCCUGUCAGGAUUAGGUGAGGUAGCUCGGGGAGCCACAUCACCAUCAACAUUACCUGUGUGGCAAAGAGAGUUGCUUUGUUCAAGUGAUGGACAACCAAAGACGAUAUUUACUCAUCGCGAGUAUGGUCAAGUUGUAGAUACUAAGGGUGCGAUCAUCCCACUCGAUGACAUGGUACACACGUCAUUAUUCUUUACUGCCACCGAUAUUUCAGCUUUGCGUAGGCUUCUUCCGAAACACCUACAAAGUUGUUCCACCUUCCAGGUGCUAACAGCUUGCAUCUGGCGUUGUCGUACCAUCGCUCUCCAACCAGAUCCAGAAGAGGUAAUGCCCAUUAUAUGGCCUGUAAAUGCACGUAAGAUGCUCAACCCUCCCCUCCCUAUAGGAUAUUAUGGAAAUGUUUUAGCUUUUGUUGCUGCCAUUUCCACAACUCGAGAUCUAUGUAACAAGCCAUUCGCUUACGCAUUAGAGCUUGUGAUGAAAGUCAAAUCUGAUGUCAAUAUUAAAUCAGUUUCUGACCUAAUGUCAUUCAAACGACCACUCGAGUUCACAGCUAUUCGAGCUUUCGGUAUCUCAGAUCUGACCCGUGUAGGAUUGGAUGAAGUGGACUUCGGGUGGGGGAAGCCGACAUAUGCAAGGGUUCCCAAAGGCGGUAUAAGUAUUGUCCGAGGUGUUACUAGUUUCUAUCUACCUUAUAGAAACAAUAAAGGAGAGUCUGGAAUCGUGAUGCCCAUUGCUUUGCCGAGUGGAUCGGUGGACAGAUUUGUCAAAGAGAUAGAUAACUUGUUAGCCCAAGGAAAUAUUGAUGAAGCUCUAGCGGAACACUCACUACCCGCUCUUUCAAAACUAUAAUUUCGACGUUGGUGUUUGCGCAAGAUGGUUUUUAAUAUUUCAAAACUACUCGCUCGCUUAUAUGGACAUAAAUAUUUUAAAAGUUUAUAUCUAUGUAUAACAUAACAAAGUGUAUUCCGUAUGACGCCUUAUAAAUGGUUACCAAUACACAUAUACAUCAUUACCUUA